GCCAAACAAAUAUCAGCCCUAGACGCAAGCCGCGACAGCAGGCGACGCAGUAGGAUCAAACAAUGCCGGUUGAUUACUCCAUGAUCCUCAACGCUAGCGAGGCAGGGGAGCAGUCUGGUGAGCGAGCAGACGGGCUGGUGCAGCGAUUGAGGCUGAGCAGGGCGCUCGCUGCAGCGGCCACGGCAUUGAGAGUCGUCGAGGAGCGGGUUUGGGGCGAGAAGGCCAAGACAGGUGUCUUGGUGGCAGCAAGACUCGAGCAGACACUGCUCGUUUCUGGGCGCCGCGCCGAAAACGGGGCGUUUGUGCGGGAGGCCGGGGUCACGAUAGGCCUACCAGGAUCCGGUUAG